AUGACUGUCGAUAACCCAACAGAUGUCUUGCGUACGGUCAAUCUCGUCACACAGGGUCUCUGUAUUCCAAUCGUGACUGUGUUCGUAGCAUUACGAUUCUAUACCCGGUUUCGAUUCAAGCAAUCCCUCGGAGUUGAGGAUCUUGCCUGUACGAUUGCUUGGUUUCUGUUUAUGGGAUAUUGUGCAAUAUCCAUUGUCAUCAGUCAACAUGGCGGAGGAUACAAAUUCAACGAGCUCUCCCCUAACGAGAAAAUCGCAUUCCAAAAAUUCUGCUACAUCGCGACCAUUCUCUACUGUCCGAUGGCACUCUUCGUCAAAAUCGCCCUCCUAGCGAUCCUCACCCGCAUCUUCGCUCCCUACCGCGGCAAGGUCUGGUUCAUCUAUAUCUUCCUCGGCUGCCUAUGCUGUUACUACAGCGUCGCCCUGAUCAUCAAGAUUCGCAUAUGUUACCCCAUCCCCAGGUACUGGCUGGGUGACCAGGUGGAGGGAAGCUGCCUCGACCAGAACGCUGCCCUCGUCGCCGACUCCGUGAUUAGUGUCGUCAGUGACCUCAUCAUCCUCAUUCUCCCACUGCCAUUGACAUGGUCUCUGCAAAUGUCGCUCAAUCGAAAGCUUCGCGUGAUAGGCCUGCUUGGCGCUGGUGGACUGGCCACCGGCUUCAGUCUUUACCGAUUAAUUAUGGUAUUGAAAGGCUCAAGUGAUCAGGGCCUCAUGUUCGUUCGUGUCAUCCUAUCCGGUAAUGCCGAGGGAGGUGUCGGAUUGAUCUGUGCCUGUCUGCCUGUUCUUAACGUCAUGUUUGCCCAUUACAAGAAGCAGUACUCCUCGCAGAAGUACUACCAGAACGGCGGCUCUACCCAUCCGUUGAGUGAUAGGAAAUCGGCCCCGGCUUCCAAUGUUGCCACUGACUGGGACAAGGUGACGAACUUCGGUGACCAGAGCCAUCUGAUUUCCUUUGCCGGUCCCCCAGAGGCUGGUGAGUCCGGCGAGUCUAUCCACAACCAGGACGGCAUCAGGAAGACGGUCGCUGUAUCACAGACCGUGGAAAGAUCUUAA